AACCAUGAUGAUCAAUAUCAACUUUGUUAUUAUCGAUUUUUCUUUUGUUUUUUUUUUUGGUUUCCAAAUUCCAAUCAAACCAAACUUUUCAUGGCAUAAUGACAUCGAAUGUGAUCUCAUCAAUGUAUUGUUUUUUUUAGUAAUCAAAAACGCUGCUGCUGCUGAUGAUGAUGAUGAUGAUAGGUCAACAUUGCUAUUGAGGUCGAAAUAGAAAAUUUUUCUAUAUCGACCCAUUUUCAAUUGGCAUCGAGAAAAUUGUAUUCGAAUUGUUUGUCAACGUAUGAUCAUCAUAAUCAUCAUAAUCAUCAACCACAAGAAGAUACAAAAAGAAAAUAAGCUUAAAAUUCAUUCGGUUAUGCAUUUGUAUCGUGCAUUUCAAACCACCACCAUCAUCAUCAUCAUCAUCAAUCCAUAAUCGUAAUGCUUUGAUAUCCGAUAUGAAUUUUUAUUUUUUUUCCAAUUGAAUGAUAAGUAAUCCAAAAAAGUGUUUUUAUUUAAUACGAUAUAAAUCGUAUUAAAUAACAUUAAAUGUAAAGACAAAUUUGUUUGACAUCGAAUUGCUCAAGAUUUUCAUCGUUAUCAUAGAAACUAAUUUGCUUAAAUCAUCAAUUGUUUCAAAAUAUGAAUAUAUUUAAGCCAUCCAUCUUUUUAUGUGUGUGUGUGUAUCAUAUAAUUCUAUUAUAAAUCAAAAAUUCACCUCAAUGCGUCCAAAUGGAUCUCAUUUUAUGCAAGAAAAUAAAAACAUCCUUCGUAUAAAUCCAAACAAGUGAUGACGAUUAUCAUCAUGACGUUAUAUUAUGACACCAUAUCAAUAUGUUAAUUUUUUUGGUGGAAUGAAAAGAUAAAUGAAGAAGAAAAUUUUAUCUCCAUUUGUUCCAAAAAAACAAAAUCUUAUAUAACAAUAGAAAACAGAUAUUAUAGAAAUCUAUAUAUUCACCUUAAUCGGAUUUUUGCCACUUUAAAUUGGUUUUGUUUUGUUUGGUGUGUGUGUGUGUGUGUGUGGCUCAUCUUUAAUCAAUCGGUAAACAUUAGUGAAAAAAAAAUUUCUCUUUUUUUUUUAUCAUCAUAAAUACAACAACAUUGUAAUUUGUGAAAUCCGAUGAAAUAACCAUAACAACAACAACAACAAUGACAACAAUGGAAAGGGCCACACCAACAACAUUCGAUCCAAAGGUGCAAUCAUCAACAGUGGUACACCAAUUUCAAUCAUCUGCAACAAUCAAUGGUAUUGGUGGUGGCGUUAUCGAUUUAAUUGAUGAUGAAAGUGAAGCUAAUCUACAUUCAUUUCAAGGAAAUGAAGCUGGCCAAGAUCUCGAUUAUGAACCAGCAUUAGAAUUUGAUGAUACAGAAUUAGUUAAAGCAACUAUUGAAUUAGCAACAGUAACAACAACAACAACUACAACAGCAACUCAGCAAUCAUCGUUUUAUAUGUACCAUAAUAAUAAUAAUAAUAAUAACCAGAUGAAUGAUCCAUUGAAUAUUAAUGGUAUAGGUGUGGUACCACCUGUUGUAUCAUCAUCAUCAUCAACAACAAUAACAUCCGGUAACUGUAUAAAUCAUCAUAUUGUACAAGAUGAUGAUGUUGUUGAUGGAUCUUUAAUAUUAUUAGAUGAUAAUCCAUUGUUCAGUAUUGAUUCAACAACUCAUUUUGAUGAUGAUGAUGAUGAUGAUGAUGAAGAAAAUCAUCUUUAUUGUGAUAAAAUCCGUGAUGAUGAUUCGAAUCAUAAUAGUGAUAAUAAAUCUCAAUUUUCCAUUUCAAAUGGCUUCCUCAAACAAAAUAAAUCACAAACAACAAUAGAUUUCAAUGGUCUCAAUCACAUAAAUGAUGAUGAUCAUCAUCAACAACAACAACAACAACAGCAACAACAAUUGAAUGAGAAUAAUAAUUACCACAAUGGAGAUGAUAAUGGCGACCAAUCGAUACAAAAUCAAUCGACCAUACAAGCAACAAGACCAACACAUCUUCAAUGUUUAAACAGUAAUAAUAAUCAUAAUACAAAUCCAUCAUCACCAAUGUCAUCAACACCAAUCAUACCAAUUGAUGUUUCAUCAAUCUAUCUUCAUUCACCGGAUGAAUUAUUGGAGGAAAAUUUUGAGGAAGCAUUACGUGAACAAUAUACAUCAUUACCACCAUUGGAUCCAGCAUUAGAUUUAGCAUUGUCCGGUGGUGAUUGUGAUGAAAAUUUCGAUGACAUUACUAAACAUGGUAUUGUUGGCGUCGCUGGUGAUGAUAAAUUUGCAAGAAAAAUUAUAACCAUUUAUGCUUGUCGUUUACCAUCAAAUAAGACAUUUAACUAUGGAAAAUUUCUCAGAUAUCUUUUACGUACACUGGAUCGAUACGUUGAAAAUGAUUAUGCAUUGGUUUAUUUUCAUCAAGGAUUAACAAGUGAUAAUAAACCAUCAUUUGGUUGGCUUUGGCAAGCAUAUCGUGCUUUUGAUCGUAAAUAUAAAAAAAAUUUGAAAGAAUUGUUCAUCGUUCAUCCUACAUCUUUCAUACGGAUUGUUUUGCAAUUGUUUCGGCCAUUUUUAUCGGCAAAAUUUGGUAGAAAACUUCAUUAUAUCAAUCAUCUUGAUGAAUUACGUGCUCAUCUACAUUUAGAACGUAUUCAUAUUCCUCAAUCAGUUCUUGAUCAUGAUAAAAAACAGCUCAAAUCUCGUGUAUUUGGCCGAUUUAAAAGUAGUGCCAGUAAUAAUUCAUUGAAUCGUUCCAGUUCUGCGUAUCCAAAUACUCAACAAUUUCGUGUAGCACUUGAUGUUCUAAUUGAACAGAAUGGUGGUGAUCCAAUACCAAGAACAAUUAAAACUUGUGUUAAAUUUUUGGAACAAGAUUCAUCAUUGGAUGUAGAAGGCGUGUUUCGACGUUCAGCCAAAGUUAAUAUCGUAAAAAAUGUUCAACAAUCAUUCAAUUUGGGUGAAAAUGUAAAUUUCGAAAAUUUGAUUACAAACAACGAGAUGUCGCUAGAAUCAACUGUACAUGUUGCUGCCGUUAUUGUUAAAUCAUUUUUACGCGAAUUACCUGAACCACUUUUAACAUUUCAAUUGUAUGAAGAUGUGAUUAAUUUCCAACAAAUAUCUGGUGGACCAUCACCUGAACAGCGGCAAGAAAAAUUAUCAUUUGCAAAGAAUCUAGUCCUCAAUCGUCUGCCAGAACCAAAUUAUCAACUACUCAAAUAUAUCAUUGAAUUUUUAGUCAAAGUAAUGGAUCAUUCAGAAUUCAAUAAAAUGACUGCAUCAAAUUUGGCCAUUGUAUUUGGGCCAAAUCUUUUGUGGUCAAACAAGACAAAUCAAACAUUGGAUUCAUCAUUGGAUUCUAUUACGGCAAUAAAUAGUUUUACAGAAUUUCUAUUACGUAAUCAUGAACAAAUUUUCAUUAGAUAAUUUCCAAAAUUCACAAUUCAUCAUCAUCAUAAUACCAAAAAUAUCCUCAACAAUAACAACAACACUUUUGCAACAUUUAUUAACAAUGGUCCAACAACAACAACAUUUAUCGAUAAAGAAACAAAGAAGAAAAAAAAUUCUUUUCUUAACCAGAAUUUCCUUAUUGCUCACACUCAUUCAUUGAUGAUAAUCGAAAAUCUCCCCAUUUAUGCGACUCUCUUAAAAAAUAUUUUCAAAGAAAUAGUCAUUCAAUUCAAAUUGUAUUGUGUUUGUCAAAAAUCAGAACAACACGAAAUUCCAUUUGUAUACUCUA